GAGCCCGAUUGAGCGGCUGCGGGGCGGGAGAGCGGCGGUGCCGGUACCGGCGGAGCGGACGGAGCGGACGGAGCGGACGGAGCGGACGGAGCGGAGGUGCCGGUGCCCCUCGGUGCGUUUCCACCACCUGCUCCUCCUUAGCACCAUUUCCCACUUCCCCGGUGCCCCCCGCUCGCCGCGAUGCCCAAUUUCUCCGGGAAUUGGAAGAUGAAGAGCUCGGAGAACUUCGAAGAGCUGCUGAAAGCGUUGGGCGUUAACAUGAUGCUGCGGAAGAUCGCGGUGGCUGCGGCCUCGAAGCCAGCGGUGGAGAUCAAGCAGGACGGUGAAAGCUUCUACAUCAAGACCUCGACCACCGUGCGCACCACUGAGAUCAGCUUCAGGAUCGGGGAGGAGUUCGAGGAGCAAACGGUGGACGGGCGGCCCUGCAAGAGCUUGGCCAAGUGGGAGAGUGAGAACAAGAUGGUGUGUGAGCAGCGGCUGCUGAAGGGCGAGGGACCCCGGACGGGCUGGUCCCGAGAGCUGACCAAUGAUGGGGAGCUCAUCCUGACCAUGACAGCUGAUGAUGUUGUCUGCACCAGAGUGUACAUCCGGGAGUGACGCACGCCACCAACCAUCUCCCCACAACGGCUCCAGCCCCCCCUGCCCCUCCCCAUGCCUUUCCCGUGGCCCUGUGGCCCCCUGCUCCCCUGUACCUGCCCCGUGUCCCCCCCCCCCCCCCCUCUCCCUGUGGCUGUGGGGGUGCACUGAGCAGCGGGAUGUUGGGGAGCACCCCAUCCUUUGGGUUUGAUGUUUUCUGGUGGGUUUUUUGUUGUUGUUAUUGUUGUUGUUUUUUUCUUUUUUAUAACUGUUUUUGAUUCACUUUGACCUCACACCCGGUGCUGCACCCCUCACCCUCCCCUGCAGCUCUGCUCGCUCUGCUCCCUCCCCGGUAUUUAUUUGUGAAUAGUUGAAUGGAAUGGAAACACUCAACAGCUCCAAUCCGGCGGUGCCGUGCAGUUCCGACCCCUGGGAACGUCUCCUCAACCCCUCUUCCCCUCUCCUGUUUCUAAUAAAGCUCCAAUCCCCAUUGCUGUCCCCAUCCCUCCCGGCCCUGCUUGCGUGUGCUGAUCCAGCUCCGUGCCACAGCCCCAGCGUUGCGCAAAGGGCCGGGGGCAAAGGCGGUGCUGGGCGAUGCCGUGUGGCGCAUCCCUGCGUGGGAAGCACG